AUGAGUGAAGAAUUUAUAAGUGAUGAGGAUAGCUAAUCAUACAAUUCUGAAUAACCGGUAUUUGACAUUGAUUAGAUGUCAGUAAAUUCAGAAAAUUAAUAAGCAAUAUAAUAUUUGCAAAGGGUCAGAGAUGAAGCAAAAUAAGCACCAAAAUGUACUUACUUUGAGGAAGGAUAAGAUUUUUAAGUGAAACCUACAGAUCCAAAAUAUUUAAUACAACCUAAAGGAGUAAGACUAAAUGGAAAAUGGUCUAUGAAUCCUUUAUGGCAAUAAGAUGUCAUAUAACAAUAUUAUAAUUUUAAAUAAGUUUAAAUUUACUUCUAUCUUAGAAUAUUGAUUAAUUUAGAAAAUUAGAUUAAAAGUCGUAUUAGUUAUUAAAUUUUAAUUUGGAACAGGAAGAGAAAAUUAAAUCUAGUUUAAAGAAGAAAUGUUAAUUUAAGGAAGUAUCAAAAGAUUUAACUCCUACUCUUUUUACAUUUCAUGUAUUAGAUUAUCAAAUGGCAUCUAAAAUUGUAAAAUGGCUAAGUUUAACACAGAAAUGUAAUUAUAAUUAAUGUCUAUGGAUUUAUUGUGCUCUAACAUAAUUAGAGGAUCCAUUGUGUAGUGACACAUUGGCUAAUAUUAAUAAAGUUCUUUAAAAUUGUUACUUUGUCGAAAAUGGUAUGACUAGUGUCUUGAUAACAAUUAUAUAAUUAAUUUUCAAGUAAAAUUAUGCUGACUGA